AUGGCUUACAUGAGUCCCGAGUCCGAAAAAUCUGUGCUAGAGAAGAUAAAAGAAUUCCACGUACCAGGUCUUUCACUUGCCAUUGUCCAGGGUGACGAGAUAUACUCGAAGGCGUAUGGUUACUCAAAACUACCCGACAUCAAGACUACUCCAGAUACUCUCUUCGAUUUGGCAAGCACUUCCAAAAGUACCACCGCAGGAGCUGUCGCCCUUCUUGUAGACGAUGAGAACUACUCAGAGAUACAAUGGACAACACCUGUUUCGAAAAUCCUUCCAGAUGACUUCGUUCUUCCUGACCAAUACCUCACGGAGCAGGUCACGAUUGAAGACAUCCUAAGCCAUCGCAGUGGUAUUGCUACCCACGAUGAAUCGUACUUCAGCGUCCGGGCGAAACAUCCAGACAAUGCAAAAUCCAUGACACGUAAUCUACGCAAUCUCGAGUUCGUCAAGCCCCUUCGCACCGAACAUAUUUACAGCAAUAUCAUGUUCAGCGUCACCGUGCAUCUUGUUGAGACUGUCAGUGGCAUGUCUUAUACCGAAUUCAUAAGGACAAAGCUCUGGAAACCCCUCGGCAUGACCAACACAUUCCACGACGUCCCUGACAUCGAAGCCAACAGCGAAAUGGAUCGCAGAACAACGUCAUACCACUGGAAUAGCGAAUCCGAGUCUUAUGUUGCACUGCCUCAUUAUCCUCCGGCGCCAGAGGGUCACGGCGCAGGCUGUGUCUUCAGCAGUGCAAGCGAUUACGCGAAAUGGAUCCGCGCUCUUAUCAAACGUGACCCCAUUCUCUCCGAAGCUAGUCACAAAGCACUCGCAACACCUCGCAGCUUCGACCUACUUGGCGACGAGAAAUGGUCGAUACCCUUCAAAAGUGAAGAGCUCUACACCCUAGGCCUAUCCCUCACAAGUUAUCGUGGAUACACAUUGAUCGGACAUUACGGCUCAGUACCCGGAUUUAGAGCCAUGGUAUGUUUCAUGCCUAAACUCGACUGGGGACUUGUGAUCUUCGGAAACUCAAGCAGCGCAACUUAUGUCAGUGAUAUUCUGAAGUUCACGUUGCUCGACGAUGUUAUCGGUGUGCGGAAGGAGGAUCGCGUGGACUGGGGUGUGUUCUUCAAGAAUUUCCAAACUAUGGACGAUGCGGAGGAUGCGGAGAAGCCUGAGUGGACGAAAGUGGAGAGUGUGGAGCCGCUCGGUAUUGCCUUGGAGAAGAUGGUUGGAGGUUAUCACAAUAUUGGGUAUAAGGGACUGGUGCUUGAGUUGAAGGAUGGGAAGGUAAUGGCGGAUUGCAGCGAUCGAUGCUUCCCGUACGUGCUUGCUUUUGAACAUCUGACUGGCAAUAAUUUCACUGUAGAGAUGCACGGCAUUUGGGAAGGCAGACUAUACAGUACAAUCCGAGGCGAAAUCCGGACAGAGGGUGGGCAAGUAAUGGCGAUAGGUGUUGGGCUGGAAACAGAUGUCAAGGGCGGCCUCAUCUGGUUCGAUCGGGUGUAG